UUUGAAGAAUUAUGGACAAAGUCACUGCAAGAAUAACUUCUCUUUCCCUUGUACCAUCGCUGCAUUCAGUUUCAUUUCUCUGCUGAAUAACAUCAGUCUGUUUCUAAUGGCACUGAGCAGUUUCAUUUCUCUCUUCUCUCCUCCUUCUAAUGUUUCCAGCAUUUUCUUCCCUGAGAAUUGCCUGACUAUAAAAGCCUGGACACAGCAUCACUAUCUACAUGUACUUGUACAGCUUCUUCUUUACAUAGACACAAGACACACAACCUGACAGAAUGAGUGGGUCAUCUAAGGAGGCAUUGAAGCUGCAUUUACUACAACUGAAAUGUCACUUCACAUGGAAACUUCUUUUGAAGGACACAGACCCUGAUGAAAUAGAAAAAAGACUGUAUGACCAGCUGACUUUUCUUGUCACCAAGAACAAAUACAUGGUAUACAAUCUACUGGCCUAUGUGAUGCAUCUGAAAGGUGACUACACAAAAGCGAUUGAAAAUUUAGAGAAAGCUGAAGAAAUGACUAAAGAGAACAAUCUGGAUGAAACUGAUCACAGAUAUUUGGUGACAUAUGGAAAUUAUGCUUGGGUGUUCUACUACUUAAACCAGUAUGAAGAGUCUCAAAAAUAUAUAGAAAAAGUAAAGCAGAUUUCUAAGGAACUAAAAGAUAAACCAGACGUGGCGGAGAUCUAUGGUGAAAAAGCCUGGUCACUGCUAAAACUUUGUGGCCAAUAUUAUGAAGAAGCAAAACAAUGUUUUGAGAAGGCUUUGGAGCUCGAGCCAGAAGAUCCUGAGUGGAACAGUGGAUAUGCAACCGUGGUCUAUAGACUGGAAGGCUUCAAUGGCAGAAAAUGUCCAGAUUCAGAAUGUAAAUCACUAGAUCUAUUGACACGUGCCGUCGAGAAGAAUCCAAAUGAUGCUGUGGUGAAGGCACUACUUGCUUUAAAGCUGCAAGAUCUCAACAGAAAUGAUGAAGGAAAAACAUAUAUCAAAGAAGCCAUAGAACAAGCCCCAAACCUUCCAUAUGUGCUCCGUUAUGUAGCAAAGUUUUAUAGAAGAGCUGGGAUGCUGGAUGAGUGCCUGAAAGUCAUGAAAAUUGCAUUAGAACUCAUGCCAACUUCUGGAUUUCUACAUCACCAAAUUGGACUAUGUUACAGGAAUAAGUAUUUCAAUUACAAAAAGGAGUCUGGAAACAGAAACAUUUAUAACAGAGAAAUGGACAGAGAAUCAAAUGUCCUCAUCCAAAAUGCCAUCUUUCAUUUUGAAAAGGUGCUGGAGUACAAGAAAACAUUUGUGCAUGCACAUAUAGACUUAGCUACUAUGUAUUGUGAAGCAAAGGAAUAUCAGAAAGCAGAAGAUACAUUUCAAGCAGUUUUGGCAUUCACCAAUCUUAUAGAAGAGGAGAAGCAGCAAAUCUAUUUCAAUUAUGGCAAUUUCAAAGAACAUCACAUGAGAUCUGAAUCUGAGGCCAUCUACUACUAUAAAGAGAGUCUGCCGAUUGCUAUACUCCAGAAAGAGAGAGAAAUGUGUGAAAAGGCUCUAAAAAGAAUUUCUUCAAGGAAGAUUAGGAGGAAUAGUCAUGAUGCUGAGGGUUUUGCUCUGCUUGGCUUUGUCCACAAAACUAAUGGGGAAAGAGAGGAUGCAAUUGAUUGUUAUGAAAAAGCCUUAAAAUAUGAUCCGUACAAUGAGGAAUAUGUGAGUGAACUUUGUGAGCUGAAGUUGAUGAUAUGAAAAAGAAAGUGAAGUUAACAGGAAAUUUUGUGUUUUAAAGCUUACCCUUUUCGCAUAAAUCAUUUCUCCCUCAGUAUUUCAGUGAAACAGAAUGAAGAGGAGAAAGAAUGGGGGAGAGGAGAUGAUAAUUCAGUGCUCACAAGAUAAUAAAAGUUCAACUCAACACUCCUGGCUGAACUAUAUAUAUUAUAUAUAUUACAUAAUGAAAAUUAUUAUAUGUGGUGUGAAGGUUUUUUGAGCUAAGAUUCCUCUUUAUUGAUUAUUUGUUAAUCAUUUCAUUCAAUAUAUUGUAGCUACAUCCACAAAUGUAUAAAAUCAUUGUUUACAGAAACAAGUAUAUUCUUUUUUCACACAACACAUUAUGAUAUCGCAAUAUAUUGUCUUCCUCAGCAUUAUUGCCAAUAUAACAAUAGAAAAAAUGAUAACAACUUUAUUGGAACAACAAGGUUACAUGAUAAAAGCAAUAUUUAAAGGAAGAAAGGGCACAGAGAACAGCAAAGCCGGGACAGUACCACAAAUGAUGCAACAUUUUUUAACUAUUACAACAAGUAAGGGAGGAGGUAGACGUGUAGCAGGUAAAUAGUACAUUAUUGAAUGGUUAAAAGCUUGAGUCCAACUGAAGGCCAAAGGAAGCAUGUGCAUAAGGUAUAGCACAGAUAAAGUUAGGAAGGGCCACACAAAGGAUCGCUAGCGACUGUUUAUGCGGAUAUUUACUGCAGUAAGCCUUUGGCCCCACUUCCCCUAUUACACAGUAAGAUGUGUGGCCUAUGGCAGAUAAUGUUUUGAUGGGUUAAACCGGGUUAAAACGGGUUAACACCCAAUCUGCUUUUGAUCAUGACCCCAUUUAACAGGGUAAUAGCGACCUGUAAUGUAAUAAGGUCCUAAGGGAUAUGCCCACCCUACAAUCUAUGCUGUUAUUUCUAUGCUACUGAAUAAUUUGUAACCAAGCACCAUUGCAGUCCAUGCUUAACUGUUGUAAUGCUUAAACUCCACACAAGUCUCUUUUUUAACUAUGUAUCAAAAAGGACGUAGCAUAUGGCUAUGACAAGCUAUGACAUUUGAGCUCCGACUUUCAAAGUACUAGGAUUAAAAUACUUGACACUCUAACACCCUAUUGGAAACUAAGGAUCCCAGAGACACUCCAGUAGUUGCACUUAGAGUAAGUCAUUACGUACAAACAUUUCAGUAGGUGCAGUAGAUUUAAUAGUAAAUAUCAUUUACCUUAGUGAUUAUGUGUCCUGGCAUUAAUAUUGAUUAUCCUUUUUCUACAUAGCUAUUUAUAUACAUAUAUUUUUAUUUUUGUUGUAUGUCAAGUCAUGACAAAAUAUAACUAAUGAAAUAGUUAGAAAGCAUUUAUUUAUAAUAUAGCCUGCUAUUAGGCCAUAUAUGUUUUUUUAAGGUAACAAAUGUGUGUUCUGCCUAAAAAAAUAAGUGAGUGUCCAACAGAAUGGAAUGCAGUAAUCAUAAUAGCAUAAAGCCCAAUGUAUCCUUCAUGUACUGCUAUAGGAUGUAUUAAGAUCUAUGUAAAGUAAUAUAAUUACAUCUUCACCUAUGUCAGUAGAUGAUGUUUAUAAAAUGUUAAUAAAGCUUCUUUUGAU